AUGCGCCUCGCGCCCCUCGCGUCCGCCGCCUACGCCCUCGUCGCCCUCGCCGCCCUCCCCACCUCGCAUGCCGACUCGAGCCUCGCCACCACCUCGCCCCUCGCCCCGCAGCCCUCGCGCACCGCACUCCUCCCCAUCAUCGAGCGCACGCAGGCCCCCACUGCGCGCCGCAUGCGCCACGCACGCCGUGCGCUUGCGCCGCCGGUCGAGCGCACGCACGAGGGCGACGAGGACGAGGUGGGCGCGGCGGUCACGUCGCGCGAGGGUGCGGUGGGUCGCAGCGAGCUCGAGGGAUCGGUACCCGUGGUGUGGGUGUCGGAAGAGCGCGGUGGGGCCUCGAGCGCUGCGGCGUCGUCCUCCUCGUCGCGCCGCUCUCGCUCGACCGGGCUCGCCUCGACCUCGACGAGCCUCGGGUCCUCAAGCCCCUCCAGCACCAGCACCUCGUCGCCGCAGCCGACUGCCCUCGGCGCCGCCGCGCUCCUCUCGGCCCCGCUCCCAGGGCGCACGCUCGCCGUCUUCCCCGUCACCGCCUACAUGGCGUACGAGCGCCUCCUGUACCGGCGCCAGUUCCGCACCAGGCGCGCCGAGGACGCGGCGCGCGAGGCCAGGACGGCGCUCGAGGUCGAGAUGAGGGUCAUGGGAGGAGGUGGACGAGGGGCGGCGAGGUGA